UCAAAAUCCGAAACACGUGGCUUCAUUGGCCCAACACUACCCACCAAUACCACCUUGUGAGGACGAUGAUACCAUCGUAACAUUUUGAAGCCAAAAGUAAAUGGAAAAAUCAAAUAAAAAUCACUCUUCUCACGGCUCACAGACUACCAUGACGACAUUCUGUCUUCACAUUUUACUUUCUGGUUAAAAAGUACAAUUUGUAUACAUUUUUUCUUUUUGCUUUUGAUAAAGUAGUGAAAAGAGAUGUAGUCACCAUGAUCAUGACACUUGACUAGCAAUUACAAGGGUUAGAAAUAAUUCACAACGUAUCUCCUUUAAGACCAAACGUAGAAGAAAACAGUAUGCUAGUUAUGUUAGGUCAAUCAAACUCCAAACUCAAUAACCAUGCCUCUUUCUUAGUAUAUAUAUCUUUGAAUUGUCACUGUAGUUUUAUUAUUGUAUAUCAAGAACAUAUAAACAGAUAAUGAUUAGAAGAUAUCGAAAGGGCGUCUAAUAUCAACCAUCCAUAAACUACAACCUAAGAUGCUUAAGGAACUUCUUGUACUAACCAAUGAAAAAUUCUUCAGUCGUCUUGUCCCAUAAAUAACAAAAGCUUAAAAUACCAAAAGAGCAAUACUUUCUUUUGUUCGUUCCAUUUAUAUGAUUAGUCUUUGUUAAUAAGUUAAAGUUAUACAAUAAUUCAGAGUACUAAGAGUUUUUUUUUGUGCGUGACAACGAAGUUAGUAUGUAAUGUAUAGUGGUCAACUCUACGUAAGUUUAUAUUCUGCUAUUAUCAUUUACAGACCACUCGCUAAUAAAGUUAAAGGUUCUCUCGCUUUCUCAUUAUAAAAAGCUUCCCCUACUUCUCCAUAACACUCCACACUUUACUUUCUUACACAACACAAGAACCAGAAAAUAUCUAAACUAAACUCAUGUCUGAAUACAGUUUCUGUUUCUCCACAAACAUGUUGAGAGUUUAUGUAGUAUUAAUGAUAUGUAUGCAUGUAUGUUGUGCGUCUAGUGAUUGUACAAGUCACGAUGAACACGACGUUGUGUCACAAGAGGAAGCAGAGAGAGCAACAACGCUGAAGCUCGGUUCUAUCGCUUUGCUUCUUGUAGCAGGAGGAGUAGGCGUGAGUCUACCGUUGAUAGGGAAAAAGAUCCCGGCGUUACAGCCGGAGAACGAUAUCUUCUUCUUGGUGAAAGCCUUCGCCGCAGGAGUGAUCCUAUGUACAGGGUUCGUCCAUAUACUACCAGACGCGUUCGAGAGACUAAGCUCGCCUUGUCUUGAGACCACUGCAGCUGGCAAGUUCCCGUUUGCUGGCUUUGUCGCGAUGCUGUCAGCGAUGGGGACGCUUAUGAUCGAUACGUUCGCGACGGCGUAUUACAAGAGGCAGCAUAGUAUGGGGAACAAGCAAGUGAGCGUGGUUGAGGAUGAAGAGCAUGCGGGUCACGUUCAUGUCCAUACUCAUGCGAGUCAUGGACACUCGCAUGGGUCGACGGAGUUGAUCAGGAGAAGGAUUGUUUCUCAGGUUCUUGAGAUUGGGAUAGUAGUGCAUUCGGUUAUAAUAGGGAUAUCUCUUGGAGCUUCACAGAGUAUAGACACUAUAAAGCCACUCAUGGCUGCACUUUCUUUCCAUCAGUUCUUCGAAGGUCUUGGCCUCGGUGGCUGCAUCUCUCUCGCGGAGUUACAGUCCAAAUCAACGGUGAUAAUGGCUGCAUUUUUCUCAGUGACGGCGCCUCUGGGGAUAGGGAUAGGUAUGGGGAUGUCUAGUGGUUUAGGCUAUGGGAGGGAGAGUAAAGAGGCAAUCAUGGUGGAAGGAAUGCUGAACGCUGCAUCAGCUGGGAUACUCAUUUACAUGUCACUCGUUGAUCUUCUUGCUCCUGACUUUGUUAACCCAAGAUUGCAAUCUAAUCUCUGGCUUCACUUGGCUGCUUUUCUCUCCCUCCUCCUCGGCGCUGCUUCCAUGUCUCUCUUAGCCAUUUGGGCGUGAUGCAUCGACUCCAUAGCUAUUAGCAAAACAAACAAGCACAAAAUGCUGCUCUUUUUUUUCUUGAAUCUGUAAUCUUGGAAUCAAUACUAUUCUGUUUUGAACUCAA